AGCUAUGAUAUCAUCUCUGCGAGUUAAAACACAUCAGAGUUUAGUGUGUGCAAAAUCUAAAGUUUUUUUUAAAAUUUUUUUAAAUAGAUCAUUUUGAAAUAUUGAUAUGAAUAUUACCGAAUCGAAUGAAACUUCAGACAUUAGCGCCAACGAUCCCUUAAUGGUUGGGGAUCGAGAAAGUAGUGAAUCAGUAACGAGAAUGCCCAGUUCUCACAGCGCAGCCCUCGCCAUAGGAUUCUUUGGUUUGUGCAUCUUGUUGUACGGUGUGUACAGAUUGUAUAGAAAAUUCUUCUGGCAACCAAAAUUACCUUUCACUGUGAACCUGAGUGACGAACAGGAGAAUCCAACGCGAGGAUUAGAGGUUUAUGCAGAAGAAAGAGCGAAGUAUGACGCCAUUUAUGGUUCAAAAAGGAUGAACAAUUCCGAUGGAAAUAUGGAAAAAGAAAUGGAUUCUGUUAAAAAAAAUAAAAAAUUCUGAACAUAUCGAAAAUAAUUACCUUCAAUGUUAAAUUAUUAUUAAGUCAUAAAGAAUGAAAAAUAUAGGUUUGGUGCUUCAACUUUAAAGCAGAAAUAGAUGAUUUUGAUAGCAAGAGAUAUUGAAAAUUUAGGAAAUAAUUACUUUCAAUGCUAAAUUAUUAGGUCAUAAAGAAUGAAAAAUAUAGGUUUGAUAUGUCAACUUUAGAGCAGAAAUGAAUGAUUUUAUUAAUUUGUUCAAGUGAUACUGAGAAUUUAGGAAAUAUAUACCUUUAUUGUUAAAUUAUUCAGUCGUAAAGUAUAAAAUUUGUGAGUUUGAGUUGAAGCAUCAAGACACUCUCCAAAGAGUAAUGUUUAAUAAAAAUAGCUGAUGAGGCAUAUAUGCUGCUCUCGCGAUGGUGUGAUUCAUUAUGAUUUUAUGAAAACUGGCUCAAUGGUUUCGACAGACUUCAACUAACAAGACGAAAUGAAUCAAAAAUUUAAGGAAAAACAGCCUACAUAUGUCUACAGAUCAUCACCUGUAUUAUUGUAUGGUACGGCUAAGCCACAUCCUGCACAAAUGACUGUAGCAAAACUAUAGGAAUCGGAAUUGGGAUUUCUUCAACACCCUCUCUACUCACUAAAUCUAUCUUCCACUGACGCCUUUUACUUCGAAAUUUGGACAAAUUUUUAACAGGAAAGCAAUUUUAUUCCGAAAAUGCUGCGAAGCUUGCCUACCAAGAAUUCAUUGACUUACGUCCACCAGGGUUUUAUACAUUUGCCUGAACUAUCUGCUGCAUACAAGGCAAAAGUGUAGUAAAGAAAAUAUAAAUGCAUACUUUGAUGAAA